ACAGACCUGGUGCUGCCUGAAAGAUUCGUAGCAGCUGAUGUGUAAUGAUUGGACUCAGCUCUUUGUGCAUCUAGUUUGCAAGAGUUCCAGCAGGGCACGAGGCAAGGGAAUUGUUGACUUAGGCAAAAUAUAUACAUACAGUAUAUAUCGCAUGCUCAAAGAAAUAGGAAAUGAACAGGUUCUGGGAUUCUUGGUGAGACCUGGUGGGCAGGCAUAGGCAAACUCGGCUCUCCAGCUGUUUUGGGACUACAACUCCCAUCACCCCUAGCAAACAGGACCAGUGGUCAGGGAUGAUGGGAAUUGUAGUCCCAAAAUAUACGGAGAGCCAAAUUUGCCUAUGCCUGGGUGAGGCCUGGGAAAGCACCCUCUGAAACGUACAGAGUCUUCUGACUUUGUGUCUCACUAGCACUCACUGCAGCUCACUCUUCUCUUGCUUUUUCCUCUUAAAAUAAGGCCAGGCCUUGCUGUACAUGAUUGACUCCCCCAGUGCAAGAGGCUGCUAUAUCUUCCAGCUUGAGCCUGGCUUUGUCAGGAUCUUUUCUGAGCCCACUUGUUUCUUCAGAUAGUUUAGGUAGCUGAACAAUUUGGAGGUAGCCGCCCCCAUGUUUUUCCUCUUCCCCUGGCAGAUGGCUUCACUUGCUAAUGCUUCCUCCUUCCUUUGGCUGGAAACUUUCCCAACGGGAUUAUUGGGCAGCCUGCAGGAACCAACACAUGGUGCACAUCUCUGUUGUGCUCUCUUCCUGCCAAUCCCACCUCUUCAUUCAGUCGGUUGGCCUUUGCUUGGGAGUCUGUUCUUCUCUGCCAGGCUGCAUAUGGUUCUGUCCUCCCCUCUCAGCUGGUGGGCACUGCUUCCUGCGCUUAGCAUUUUCAGAUGCAUAACAGAGGGCAGGAACAAUCUGUCUGGCUUUAGCUUAACCACUGGCUGAUGCUCGAUUUGUUGUUGAUUGAGAAGGACUAGCACCAAAAAUCUACAGGUUGCCCUAUAAGGUGGGCGGGAUGGUGGGAACCUUUCUGAAAUGUGUGCUUGUUGGCUGUCUUAUCUGGGCCAACUGAACUGAUCUCUGUUGCUUGUCAUAAUAUUAUCCGGCUUUGUGUGCAAGAAAGUGUAACAAGCCAACUGCUGCCCAGAAUUUCCCAGGUUCUUUGCAAAUUGCACAGGCUUGACAGUACAAGUAUACAUUUUGGAUCGGCAGUACGGUACAUUCUGUGGCCAGAAAAGAAUGGAUGGACUAGAAUGGGAGGACUGUCCUUCUCAGGAAGAAUCUCUGUCCAUGAUGAACACACCAAGAGAUCCGGGAACUGGAGAAUUCUUAACAGGAUUUCUCAUGCCUUCCAGCAGAUUCUAGCAGGGACCUUGGCUUUUGUCACAGAGCAAAUUCAGCAGCUUAGGGUCUACAAAAGUUUAGCAGUGAUUAUGGUGGGACAUGAAAUUUAUGUGUUCAUUUGUUUUUUAGCGCAUACCUGGCCUUCGAAAGACAACAAAAGCAGCUUAUGGAGAAACAGCAGCAAAAUAACAGUUAAAAGAUUCAAAAGCAGGCAUUGUGAGAAAUUCUCAGUGUGUCAGAUGGGUUUGUAGAUGACAGAAACAUGCUAUUCUGAUAACCAGAGCAGCUUGGGUUCAAUCAUGCGCUUCCCGGGUUUACCGCCCACCAUUCACAAUCUCUACAUGGCCUCAAUCAAUGUUCUGACAAGUCAUGCAUCCCCCACAACUCACCUUUCCAUUAUGGAACCUUGCACCAUCUUCUGGCAGAAACCUGCACCUGCAGUUCCAAAUGUUUUCAUUGCCACUGAAUGAUACUGAGAAAACGCAUGGGAGGAGGCUUAAACAUUCUAAAGUGAUACAUACAUUCUAAAGUAGUACAUACGUUCUAAUCUGUUAGAAACUCUUGUGUUAUGAUAUAUGCAAUGCAUAAUAAUGGAAUUUAAAACCUACAAAUCUUAAGUCAGUAAGAAUGUACACUCAGAAUCUGUUAUAUCAUUAUAAAGCGUGGUUUAAAAUGCUACAAAGGCAGGUGCAUAAGGCAGGAUUUUCUACAUUCCAUGUUCACUGCUGCAGGACACAGUUAAACACAUUAAGUGCCCCUGGAAAAGACACCUUCCCCCUACCACUGUGCAGCAAAGACUGAGCAGUUAUGCUCCCACAUGGGAUGGCUCAGUUGGUAGAGCAUGAGAUUCUUAAUCUCAGGGUCAUGGGUUCAAGUCCCAUGUUGGGCAAAAUAUCCCUGAAUUGCAGGGGGUUGGACCAGAUGACCCUUGGGGUCCCUUAUAACUCUACAAUUCUAUGGUUUCUGUGAGUCGUGUCGAUUGUUUGGAACUGGCACAGGCUGAAUGCCAUUCUCCUGUUUAUUGGUGAAGGGUGGUGUGCUCAAGAUGUAGCAUGCACGGUCUCUUAAAUGUGCAGAUGUGUAGCAAGAAAUUUCCCAAGUAUCCUUACAGCUCCUUAAAUUAGAUUAGAUUAGAUUUCUUUAUUGUCAUUGUGUAAUUACAAUGGAAUUGGAUGCUAUCCCAUAAAAACAAAAACAAGAAACAAAAAACCCCACACAUUUUCAGCCACACAUUCACUGUAAAGGAGCAUGAGGUGAGACAGGUAUGGAGGAUGGUGAAUCCAAGGAAGGCUGCUGGACCUGAUGGUAUCACAGGAAGGGUGUUGGGGGGCUGUGCAGAUCAAUUGGCGAAGGUCUUUACUAAGAUCUUCAACAAGUCACAUUUAACAUGCUGAUAGAACAUUGGGAGCACAGUCUUAAGUUUAAAACUGAUACCACCUGGCAGCCCGAGGGCCAACAAGUGUACUCUACAGAGCAGAAAGUCUCAAACUGUGUCAGAGGCGAUUUUAGGGUAGCAUGACUGGUACAGUUGCUCUGAUGCAGGGGGCAUCAAAACAAUGCUGCAGAAUAAAGCGUGAGAGGUGGGGGGACGGGGACACACUGAAUUUUAGAGCUUAAAGUCUGCCUCUGAUUGUGUUCUGUGGACAACUUGUGGCUCAUGAGCUCCAUUCAGGAAAAGUUGUGGAACAGUCAAGAACAGCUGCACUUUUUACAGUAUUCCCCCCCCCCCCCGGUGACAGUGAUCACAGUGCGUUGCUCAACAAAACAGGAGGAUCCAUCUCUUUCCAAAGGCAAGACUGUAGUUAUUAAAACGUAAAUUAUGUAUGUGCUUUGUAGAACAACAGAAGUUUAUUAAGUAGUCCACUGAGACCCACAGCAAUUUUCAAAUGGUCCUCAGGGGAGAAUAUUUGAGAAUUGUUGCUGUACAUCAAUGGGAAACACCCUUCUUAGUGCGACUGUUUCUGUAGAUACUGUUGGAGCCAGUCUCCUGUUGGUGCUGCUUCUGCCGCUGCCACUGUAAGCUAUGGCUCUUUCAACAUCACAGCCUAGUGCACUCCUUAAAAUGCUUCACAUUAAGCAUUUAAAUUAGCUCACAGCACCAUUAUUUAAAGCACCCCAAAGCACAAUGUAAAUACUGCCUUGGGAUUUCUGCAUGCUCCGGGUUCAAAAUAUCUCUAAAAGAAAUCCGUUACAACCAUUCCACUGAUUUUGUUAAAGCUGGAUCACACCUAUUAGGUAUUGUGGCAUUCAUCUGAACAUAAAUGCUGUUCGUAGUCAAGGUAUCCCACAUUCAUUCCUGAGUAAAUUCCCACAGAUCUCAUGAAUUUUUUACCCACUCUUCAAAUGCAAGAUUUUAUCAGAUGAUAUUAAAUCCCAUACAUGUUUGUGGUGUGUGUGUGUGUGUGUGUGUGUGUGUGUGUGCUAUAGUUGCAUUAGCAUGGACCCAGCACCAACAGCAUGAUAUCCUGGUCUCUUGGAAAGGGAUGGGGUGCAAUUAAGAACAUAAUAAAAUAAAGCAAGCCUUGCUGGAUUAGACAAAAGUCCAUCUUGUCUAGUAUCCUAUUUCCAUCCGUAACCAGCCAAAUACCUUCAGGAAGCCCACAAACAAAGCAUUAGCAGAGCCCUCCUGUCAUUUGUUCUGGCAUUUGGCAUUCUAAGGUAUGUUGCCUCUCAAGCUGGAGGCUCCACUCAGCUAUCAUGCAAAUAGACAUUGGUUGACCUGUCCUCCAUGAAUUUGCCUGUCCUCCAUGAAUUUGCCUAAUGCCCUUUUAGAACUAUCCAUGUCCAAUGGAAGUGAAUUUCAUAAGUUAAUUAUGUGCUGUCUGGGGAAAAAACUUCUUUGUUUGUCUUGAAUAUACUGCCAGCCACUUUCACUGAGUUCCCUUGAACACCAGUGUAGUGACAUUGUCUUGAUUGAUGAAAUAAGCACACCCUUGUUCAACCACCACCACCACCACCACCAGAAUCUGGAGAGAAAUGUAGCCCAGUGCUGGAAACGGGAACACACAGUUCAUUUUAUGUCAUCUAUCUAUCUAUCAUCUAUCUAUCUAUCUAUCUAUCUAUCUAUCUAUCUAUCUAUCUAUCAUCUAUCAUCUAUCUAAAAUGCUCUCAAACCGAGAGAAUGUUGCAACAGAUGAGAAAGCAAAUUUGCUGAUGUUUAUCACUCAGUUCGUUACAUAAUAAGUUUUCGUGCACUGUACAUAGUGUAGAGAAACACUUAGCCUCUAAAUUGUCUUCUUUUAAAGUACAUCUCCUUUCCUGACAUUCAUGCAGCCACAUUCCACACAGCACCUGCAAUGGCAGUGGUUACACUAGCUGUGUAGAAAACAAGACUUCCCUAGCAGUUACUUAGGUCAAGUAUGCACAACAGCUGUUUCCCAGAAAACAAAGGGGUUUAAACCCAACAGGUGAAUCUUUACUAAAAAAUGUGCAGUGGAAAUAUAUACAGUUUAAAGUAAGCCCCAUCAUAUUCAAUAGGGCUUCCUCUCAGGUAUCUGCAGUCUUAAUCUGAUUCCUUGUUACAGGUAGGUAGCCGUGUUGGUCUGAGUCGAAACAAAAUAAAAAAAUUCCUUCAGUAGCACCUUAAAGACCAACUAAGUUUUUAUUUUGGUAUGCAUGCACACAAAAGCUCAUACCAAAAUUAAAACUUAGUUGGUCUUUAAGGUGCUACUGAAUGAAUUUUUUAAAAUCUGAUUCCUUGUUUCUUUCCCCCAAAGGCAUGUACUUCUGUAAUGGAGAGUGUGGACCAGGAAUUUCUAAAAUAAUUGCAAUCAUUCUUACCAUACUACAGUCACUAGGAUUGCUCAGACAAUUCCAUGGCUGUAAAAGUGCUAUAAAACUAAUAUAUUCAUUCUGUAGAUAAGCGUGGAUUUACUUGGAAAUAAGUCCCACUGAAUCCACUAAUAGUUGCUGCUGCUCCCAAUGAAGUCUGCAUCAGAUCACUGUCCUACAACGUCUUUCAAUGUGCUGCUUGAGUUGCUCUGAAAUCUACGGCCUGAGAUAUAAAUGAAAUAAAUUGCUGAUAUCAUUAAUGACAUAGGUGUGGACAUCUUAUUGUGAUAUUCCUUAGUGCAUAUAAUAGGAUGCAUGUAAUAUGCAGCUUUGUUUAUUAACCAUUAUUGUAAUAAAGAUAGGCAUGCUCAAGCUGUACAGUAUUUCGUCCUUUCCCUUUAACAAUGUUCCCUGUAGGGUUGGAAAACCAGAAAAGGGUUAUUAUUUUUCUGUCAUUGAUCCUUUCAUACCUUAAAAAGAAUUAACUUUUAAAAAAUAAAAUGGUAACAUAUAUAAGGUCAUGAUGACAAUUAUUUGUAAGAAAAUUCAUUAGCAUUCUGUUCGCAGUUUUAAAAUGGGAGGGUCCUUUGUGUAUCAGUGUUUUGUGGUCUGAAUGUAAAAAUAAAGGUCUUUCUGUUCCCCAUUGGUGCUGGAAAGCCAUCAGGACGGUAGAAUCAUACUGUUUCUCACUCAUCAGAUGAUAUAAUAUGGGUCAUUCUUACUGUUGUGUAUUGAGUCAAAGGAUUUUAUAUCUGUAUUAUUAUUGUCUGUAUUUGCAUUAGGAUAAAGUAACUGCCUUUUGGUUCCAGAGGGUACAGCUACUAUUGGUUCAUUUAAGCUGCUGUAUUUGGAUCCUCUGUCUUAUUGGUUCCCUCCAAAAGGCAGCACUGUGAUUGCCUGAUAUUGUUCCCUCCAAAAUGUAUCCCUUCCUAGCCAGUCCCCUGUCCCUAUAAAUGUAGCCUUCCUGCCCUCACAGUCAGUCUUGUUCACUUUAAUAAAGAGCUGUUACUAGAGAACUGUCUCCAGCAUGUUUUGUCAAGAGAGCUGAAAUCACAAACCCCACGUCACAACAACUGGCGACGAGGAUGGGAUCCGGAAUGCUGAGGAGCGGUUAAACACAACCCUGCCUCAGAGUCCGGAUUGCAGCUGAGAACAAGACUCACUGGCCAGCUGAGAAGACGACCCUGCCCGCUAGGACAAUGGAGAGUCCAAGGGUAUUGGAGCCCUUCCAGCCAUCAGAGCCCCACACCUGGGAAGACUACGUCGAACGCUUCGAGUUCUUUGCAGUGGCUCAAGGGAUCACCGAUGCCAGCAAAAGAAGGGCCACAUUCCUGAGCUACUGUGGGCCCGAGACCUUCAAGCUGGCCAAGGCAUUACUUGCUCCAGCGAAGCUGAGUGAGACAUCUCUCAAAGAUAUUCUUGCCUGCCUAACAAGCCACUUGGCGCCUACUGAGACCAAGAUGGCCCGGCGGAUGGAGUUCCAUAAGAGGCAGCAGCAUGCUGGGGAGUCUGUAUCCGCAUUUCUGGCUGAACUCCGGAAGCUCGCUCAGCACUGCGGCUUCCAAAAUCUGGAAGAGACUCUCCUGGAUCGGUUUAUUGGUGGUCUGAGCAGCAAGAAAGCCAGAAGACGCAUCGUGGCUAAAGAAGAGGUUACCCUUGCUUCAGCCUUGAAGGAGGCCACCGCCACGGAGAAUUAUGAAAGAGAGGAGCUUGAUGCCAGUCGCAAGGCCACUAAGCCACAGAUAGAAGUUGCGCAUGCCAUGGAUGAGCUAGAGGCUACUCCGAGCCAGAGCCCAGUCCGUGGGGUUGAGUUGGUGCGUCAGGCCUGCACAGUGCACAAAGAUCGCCGAGGCAGUUGCCCAGGUUGUGGCGGAAACCAUGAGCGGAAGAGUUGUCGUUUCAGGGAUGCUAUGUGCCGGACGUGCGGAAAGACGGGUCACAUCGCCAGGGUCUGUAGAUCGGCGGCGUCGGGAGCGACAGGAGCACCUAGACUGGAGCAUCGCAGACCACCCACAGCACCUCGUUUUCUAAAGGACUGCCACUACGUAACGGAGAUCAACGGGAGGGCCGUGCAGUUUCCAGCGCAAGGCAAGGCACACGUCAAGGUGAAGAUUGAGGGUCAGCAGUGCGACAUGGAGGUGGACUCCGGAUCUGCAUUCACCAUCGUGUCGGACCAGACUGCGAAGACAUUCUUCCCCAGGGGUAAGUUGCCCCCUCUGGAGCCCUUCCCGGCAACCUUGCAGUCGUACUCAGCAGGCCGCAUCCAUGUUAUGGGAAUGUGUGCCGUGAGAGUACAGUUCCGGGACAAACAGGCUGUACUCAAACUGGUGAUUGCGAAGGGCAGUCGCCCCAGUCUCCUGGGCACUGACUGGUUCCCCGCCCUGGGACUGAGUAUCUCAGGGCUUAAUUCAAUCCAAACCUGCCCUGAGAUGAGCGAGGCAUUAUGCAAGGAAUUUGCUGGUCUCUUUAAUGGAAAACUGGGUUGUUAUAAAGGGCCCCCAGUUGACUUUGAGUUGGACCCCGGGGUGGCCCCAAUCCGACUCAAACCAAGGCGAGUGCCAUUUGCACUGCAACCCAAGAUCGAGGCAGAGCUGGAUAAAUUGGUCAAGCAGGGAGUUCUCUCACCCGUGGACUCUGCUAAGUGGGAGACUCCAAUCGUCACGCCCCUUAAAGCAAAUGGGGAAGUCAGGAUAUGUGCAGAUUACAAAUGUACUAUCAAUAAGGCACUCAGGGGAAACUCAUACCCCAUUCCAGUCGUAUCACAUCUGUUGGCUAAACUGGCUGGGGGCAAGGUGUUCGCCAAAAUUGACCUGGCACAAGCUUACCAACAGCUGCCAGUAACCCCACAAUCAGCGGAAGCACAGACUAUUGUCACACAUAAAGGGGCGUUCAGAGUUAACAGAUUACAGUUCGGAGUUUGUGUGGCCCCAGGGAUUUUUCAAGGGCUCAUGGAACGCCUGUUAAGGGGUCUGCCGGGGGUCUUGCCAUUUUUUGAUGACGUUUUGAUUGCUGGAAAAGACCCACAGGAACUGGUUGCGCGUGUCCGUGCAGUGUUGCUCAAGUUCAAGGAGGUGGGGUUGCAACUGAAAAAAGAAAAAUGCAGUUUUGGGGUGCCAACUGUGGAUUUCUUGGGGUUUAAAAUUGAUGCAUCAGGCAUCCACCCCACAGAUGCUAAGAUUAAGGCCAUCAUCGAGGCACCACGACCACAGAACAAGACGGAGUUGCAGUCAUUCCUGGGACUUAUCAACUUUUAUCAUUCAUUCUUACCCCAGAAAGCUUCGGUAGCUGAACCAUUACAUAGACUUUUGCAUAAAAAGACUGUGUGGCGAUGGGGGCGGGAGCAGCAGAAGGCUUUUGACUCCUUGCGAGAAAUGCUGAGUAGCAGGAGCGUCCUUGCUCAUUAUGAUGAGUCGAAGCCGCUGGUCCUGGCAUGUGAUGCCUCUCAAUACGGCCUGGGGGCUGUGCUGAGUCAUAGGGAACCGGAUGGGUCGGAAAAGCCCAUCUCUUUCUAUUCCCGUACGUUGUCACCCACGGAGCGCAACUAUGCUCAAAUUGAUAAAGAGGCACUAGCAAUUGUGUCAGGAAUCAAAAAGUUCUAUGAUUAUUUGUACGGUCGCCAUUUCUCCAUUGAAACGGACCACAAACCACUGUUAGGGUUGUUCAACCCAAACAAACAAACGCCACAAAUUCUCUCCCCCAGAAUGUUGCGUUGGUCAAUAUUCCUGAAUGGGUUCCAGUACACCUUGACCCAUGUGCCGGGGAAACAGUUGUGCCACGCUGAUGCGCUGAGUCGAUUGCCCCUUCCUGGCGGGAGCAAUGAGGAUCCUGCUCCGGCGGAGCACAUUAUGAUGCUAGAAACACUUCCGGGGGCUCCUGUAACAGCUACUGAUAUAGCUGAGAAAACGAGGAAAGAUGCUGUUCUCUCCCGUGUGCUCACUUGGGUGGGGAGGGGGUGGCCAGGUGGUCCGCAUGAAGAAAAAUUCAGGCCUUAUGCGACAAGGCAGCACGAAUUGUCCAUGCAUAAGGGUUGUCUCCUAUGGGGAGAUAGGGUGAUCAUCCCAGCACCACUGAGAAACAGGGUUCUUGAGACGCUUCACAUGGGACACCCAGGAAUGGUCAGGAUGAAGUCGCUAGCCCGGUGUUAUGUGUGGUGGCCUGGAAUGGACCAGAACAUAGAACAAUGGGUACGAACAUGCAAGGCAUGCCAAGAGGUGCGGCCAGAAGUGGCCAGAGCACCAGUCCACUGGUGGGAGCAGUCCAGGGCUCCCUGGAGCCGGCUGCACAUAGAUUUUGCUGGGCCAUUCCAAGGGAAGGUCUUUUUGGUUAUCGUUGAUGCAUAUUCCAAAUGGUUAGAAGUGGCGAUGGUCCCUAGCAUGGCAUCAGCUGCCGUAAUCAAGGUGUUGAGGCAGCUGUUUGCAACCCACGGGUUACCUGAGACCAUUGUAUCAGAUAAUGGGGCAGCUUUUGUAUCCCAAGAAUUCAGGGCAUUCUUGGCUGAUAACUUCAUAAGAGGGGUCACAUCCGCGCCCUUUCACCCAUCCUCCAAUGGGCAGGCUGAGCGCAUGGUACGAACAGCCAAAGAAUCCAUUGCGCGCUUAAUGGAGGGUAACUGGUCGGCUCGCAUUGCGCGAAUGUUAUUUUUGCAGCAUGCGACGCCGUGUACUGCGACGGGCAAGUCGCCAGCCGAGCUGCUCUUAGGUAGAAGACUGGUAACGGUGCUGGAUUAUGUCCACCCAGAUAAAAUGCCAAACCGUAAUUCAAGAGCAACCCCCCAGGCUGAGACUGACACAACAAGGUAUCUCGCCCCUGAAGAUCUGGUCUGGGUGAGGAACUAUUCACGAGGUCCGCGGUGGGUGGCCGGUGUGAUCACCCGGGCUAGUGGACCUGUGUCCUAUUAUGUGACCUUGGAAAAUGGGCAAGUUUGGAAGAGACAUAUAGAUCAGCUGAGGCGCCGGGCGCUCAGCAGGGAGGAGUCAGAUAAUUCAUCCCUGGCUAAUGACGCACAGCUGCAAGACCAGAGUGAAGAUGGCCCAGAGGUGCAGUCACCAGGGGCUUCAGCAAAUGAACCAGGGUCUGCUAAUCCUCAGGAUGACGAGGUACAGGUAGGGGACCCUGAGAUGUCUGGGACUCCAUCUGUUCCUGACGAAACCCCUAUAGCAGCCCCUCCACCACAGGUAACACCCAAUCCAGAACCUGCAACACCUGUUGUCAGGAGAUCAGGUAGAAGUUGUAGGACCCCACAGUACCUGAGGGAUUACGUCUGCUGUGCUCACUAGGGGGGGAGGGGUGUUGUGUAUUGAGUCAAAGGAUUUUAUAUCUGUAUUAUUAUUGUCUGUAUUUGCAUUAGGAUAAAGUAACUGCCUUUUGGUUCCAGAGGGUACAGCUACUAUUGGUUCAUUUAAGCUGCUGUAUUUGGAUCCUCUGUCUUAUUGGUUCCCUCCAAAAGGCAGCACUGUGAUUGCCUGAUAUUGUUCCCUCCAAAAUGUAUCCCUUCCUAGCCAGUCCCCUGUCCCUAUAAAUGUAGCCUUCCUGCCCUCACAGUCAGUCUUGUUCACUUUAAUAAAGAGCUGUUACUAGAGAACUGUCUCCAGCAUGUUUUGUCAAGAGAGCUGAAAUCACAAACCCCACGUCACAACACUUACCACCACUACUUCCUACUCACUUCUUGAGCCUUUCUCUCCUACUUUCUGUUCUUGAUACUUUCAAUUCCUCAUGGAGUUUUAGCUAAGUCACAUGAGCCCUGUAAACUGUGCAUCUGUUUUCCUAUGAAAUCUUAGGAAAUUCUGGAGGGGGCUGUAGAACAGUAGAGGGUUGGUUUAAAUUAUGUCUGUUACAGUCAUACCUCGGUUUAAGUACGCCUCGGUUUGAGUAUUUUCAGUUUAAGUACUCCGCGGACCUGUCUGGAACGGAUUAAUCCACUUUCCAUUACUUUCAAUGGGAAAGUUCGCUUCAGGUUAAGUACGGUUCAGGUUAAGUACAGACUUCCGGAACCAAUUUUGUUUGUAAACUGAGGUACCACUGUAUAUUUGUUUUACAAGAUAGAGCUGGGAAAUGUAGCUUAGGAUUUUUUUUAUUCAUACCUUUCAGUUUCACAGCAUUUUCAAAGUUCUAAAGCUGCACACAAUCAAAACACAGCAAUAAUCAAUAAAGCACAGUCUGUGUCCUAAACCAUUUAGAUAUUUAAAGGCCAAAGCUAGCACUUUCAAAUGGAUCUGGAAACAAGUUGGGAAGCCAACAAACUUGACACAAUUCAGAUGUAACAUGGAGAUCAAAAAUGUGGUCCCAUCAGCAUCCUACCUAUUGCAUUCUUGUGCCAGCAGAGGUUUCUGACCAUUUUUCAGCAGGGAAGUAAUGAACCCAUUUGUUACUGUGGCAAUAUCUGACUUCACCAGAAAAUAAUACUUUUGUUUAUUACAAAUUGCAGGUGUGCCCUUUUCUGAUUUAGAUCAAGCCUGAGGCAGGGCAAAGCUUAGUUUUAGUUUUGUUUAUUAUAUUUAUGUAUCAUUUCACAACAUUCAAAAGGCGUCCUAAAUCACUUUACGGUAGAAUAAAAAUAAAAAUAUAAUUAUAAAACAAGAAAUGCAAUAAAAAAUAACAAUAGAAAUGCUGAAAGUGUUCAUCUGAAGAUAAAGAAAACUAUCUUUUCAUAUCACAGUCCCAUUCUGUACUGGUUACUUAUUGGGGCAAGGGGGAAUCAGCCAGCAAGGACUGGAGAUGUAAAUUACAUAAUAUCUAAUUUCACUCUUGGGUCCACCAUUUAGCUCCUUCACUUGUCUUAUGUCUUAUACAACACUCCCUUCAUAUUUUUAAAGGAAUUAGAAUGUUCUGGUGGGCUCUUUUUGUUUAAAUUUAUGGCUCUUAUUGAUGUAGGUGGUGGUAGGGAGAUUGCUAAAACUGAAAGUGUGCCAUUUUUGGUGGGGGGAAGAAGCCGCUUUGUAUGCAAACUUAGACUUUGCAUUUCGGCAUCUUCUACAACUCUGUGAGAGCCAGUGCAGAGCACUGAAUUUGGAUCAGAGUACAAGUUCCUUUUCCACCAUGAACAUUGACCUUUGGCAAGCUUCACACCUCUCAACCUCAGUUCCUUUCUUUAUAACAUAGAAAUAACAAGGGACCUGCCUUCCGGGGCUGCAUACUGGGCCCCAUCUACAGUAUGCAUUUAUGGCAGUAACACACCACUUUAAACCGUCCCCGCUUUCCACAAAGACUCCUGGGAAAUGUAGUUUGUUAAGGGUACUGAGAUUUGUUAGGUCAGGAGACCCCCAUGCCCCACCUUUGACAAAUUACAGCCUCCAGAAUUAUUGGGCAGGGGUGGUUGGGAAGCCAUGACUGUUUAAAGUGGUAUAAUACUGCUUUAAAUGUUUAGUGCAGACGAGUCCAUAGAAAGCAUAUUUAAAGUGCUAGGUAAAAGUCAGAGCGAGGUGGCAGCUGAUUUUGGACAUCACAGAGAACAAGCAACUUGUUAGUUAUAGUAAUAGCGUACAGUAUUUUUUUUCUGCUGGGAAACAGUGCUUGUGGGAUUUUCUGAUUCAGGUGCCAAAAUAACUUGUCCAGCCUUGGUACUAUGCAGGGCUUUUUUUUCCCAACCAGAGCUCAUCAGAGCUCAGCUCCGGCACCUCUCAGGUGGGUACCAUUGCCAUUC